ACGUGGGUACAAACCGCCGGCCAGUCCGAAGGCGGAGUUUCAGGGCGGGGGCGGGAGAACCUAUGGCUUUGUGAUUGGCUGAACGAACCUUGGAGGCCUCGGGGGCUUGGGGCGUCGGGUAGUGCGCGAGGUAGCCGGGGCGGUGUGCGCCAGCGGAGACAAAGCGGCGGCACAGAAUUCUUAAACGCCGAAUUUCGUGUCGCAGAGUCUUGUCGUCUUAGUCAGCGCGGCGCGCGGGUGGUGACGGCGGCGGCGGCGGAGGCAGCAGCGGCGGCAGCGGGAGCGGCAGCGGCAGCGGCAACGGCAGCGGCAGCACAUGGUUCCAAGAGCGCGCUGCGGUUGUUGAGUUCCAAUCCCGCGGGGAGGGACAAAGGCAGCUGGGAGCUCCUGGCAACGCCCGAGUGGGUGGUUUAUUUGUCUCUGCCCUCGAUUUGGGGCUGUGAAACCAGCGACGAACUCCUCAGCCCGGGGAGAGGCCACGGGACCAAGGCCUGGGAAGGGCCUACGGUUGAGGUGGCUGAGUGAAGUGGGGGAGGGGCGCGGCUUGGCUGAGGUGAUUUUGGCAAGUCAAUUGUGAGGCUUAGUGGUGGACCAUUGUGUGAUAAUUUGAGUCAAUCCUCUUUGGAAAUUGGGGCGGGGCUGCAAUCCUGGUGUUUUCAGGUUUUUUUUUGGAGGGAAAAAGUCAGCACCUCUUCCGGUUGGUAAGUGGUAAAAGGAAUUGGCGCCAUAUACUUUGCCACAGUCUACGUCUAGGGCCCAUUUGAAGAUCUUAGCAUCAUUGGUGGCGAAGACGUGAGUGCGUAUUCAGUUUCGUGACAGUGUGUUUCCGGAUUGGUAAAAUUCUCGGUACGAAAUUUAAGGCACCAAAAAGGGCUCGAAGAACCAACGUUAGGAUGAAGUAAUAAUCGUCAUUGAAAUCAGUAUCCCCUGUCUGCCCCAGGAUCAUCCACUUUCUACUUAUAGUCUGAAUUGAACUAUCGAAACUUGACACUAAAAGUUCUUCGGCAAGUUUAUGACAAAGUUCUUUCCAGGCAAGUGCUUAUUCUACUGAGCUAUCUCCCCGGCCUACAAAGUUUUUUCCAAAAUAUAUCAUAGAAGAUUUAAAAAUACUUAACGAAGAAAUCCGUUCCAGUUUUGUAUUGGCUAACGUGCUUUAACAAUCCAUAAGGAACAGAGAGACAACCUUUGGUGAAAGAAGUCUUGAAAAGUCAGUCCUACUAGGUGAAAGAUUGGAGCUCUUGUUGCAGUCAUGGCCUUCACAUAUUACAGUAGUCUGAAUCGAGCCCAGCUAACCUUUGAAUAUCUGCACACAAAUUCAACUACUCAUGAAUUUUUAUUUGGAGCUCUUGCUGAACUGGUUGAUAAUGCAAGAGAUGCCGAUGCCACCAGAAUAGAUAUUUAUGCAGAAAGACGAGAGGACCUACGAGGAGGGUUUAUGCUCUGCUUUUUGGAUGAUGGAGCAGGAAUGGAUCCCAGUGAUGCUGCCAGUGUGAUCCAGUUUGGGAAGUCAGCCAAACGAACGCCUGAGUCCACCCAGAUUGGACAGUAUGGGAAUGGGUUAAAAUCGGGCUCAAUGCGUAUUGGGAAGGAUUUUAUCCUGUUCACUAAGAAGGAAGAUACCAUGACCUGCCUCUUCCUGUCUCGCACCUUUCAUGAGGAAGAAGGCAUUGAUGAAGUGAUAGUCCCAUUGCCCACCUGGAAUGCCCGGACCCGGGAACCCAUCACAGACAAUGUGGAGAAGUUUGCCAUUGAGACAGAACUCAUUUACAAGUAUUCUCCAUUCCACACUGAGGAGGAAGUGAUGGGCCAGUUCAUGAAGAUUCCUGGGGAUAGCGGAACGUUGGUGAUCAUCUUUAAUCUCAAGCUCAUGGAUAAUGGAGAGCCUGAACUAGACAUAAUCUCAAAUCCAAGAGAUAUCCAGAUGGCAGAGACAUCCCCAGAGGGCACGAAGCCUGAACGGCGCUCCUUCCGAGCCUAUGCUGCUGUGCUGUACAUUGAUCCCCGGAUGAGGAUCUUUAUCCAUGGGCACAAGGUGCAAACCAAGAGGCUCUCCUGCUGCUUGUACAAGCCCAGGAUGUACAAGUACACAUCUAGCCGUUUCAAGACCCGUGCGGAGCAGGAAGUGAAGAAAGCAGAGCAUGUGGCACGGAUUGCUGAAGACAAGGCCCGGGAGGCAGAGAGCAAAGCUCGGACAUUAGAAGUACGCUUAGGUGGAGAUCUCACGAGGGACUCCAGGGUGAUGCUGAGACAGGUCCAGAAUACUGCCAUCACGCUGCGCAGAGAAGCUGAUGUCAAGAAAAGGAUCAAAGAAGCCAAGCAGCGAGCACUCAAAGAACCUAAGGAACUGAAUUUUGUUUUUGGGGUCAAUAUUGAACACCGGGACCUAGAUGGGAUGUUUAUCUACAACUGUAGCCGCUUGAUCAAGAUGUAUGAGAAAGUGGGCCCACAGCUGGAAGGGGGCAUGGCAUGUGGUGGGGUUGUUGGGGUUGUUGAUGUGCCCUAUCUGGUCCUGGAGCCUACACACAACAAGCAGGACUUCGCUGAUGCCAAGGAGUACCGGCACCUACUGAGGGCAAUGGGGGAGCACCUGGCACAGUACUGGAAGGACAUUGCCAUUGCUCAACGUGGAAUCAUCAAGUUUUGGGAUGAGUUUGGCUACCUCUCUGCCAACUGGAACCAGCCCCCAUCCAGUGAGCUGCGUUAUAAACGCAGGAGAGCUAUGGAAAUCCCUACCACCAUCCAAUGUGAUUUAUGUCUGAAGUGGAGGACCCUCCCCUUCCAGUUGAAUUCAGUGGAAAAAGAUUAUCCUGACACCUGGGUUUGUUCCAUGAACCCUGAUCCUGAGCAAGACCGAUGUGAGGCUUCUGAGCAAAAGCAGAAGGUCCCCCUGGGGACAUUCAAAAAGGACCCAAAGACACAGGAAGAAAAGCAGAAGCAGCUAUCAGAGAAAAUUCGUCAGCAGCAGGAGAAGCUGGAGGCCCUUCAGAAAACCACCCCCAUCCGCUCUCAAGCUGACCUGAAGAAAUUGCCCUUGGAAGUGACAGCCAGACCUUCCACUGAGGAACCUGCUCGGAGACCUCAGCGUCCUCGGUCACCACCUUUACCUGCUGUGAUCAAGAAUGCCCCAAGCAGACCACCUUCUCUGCAAGCUCCCAGAUCAGUCAGCCAACCCCGAAAGGCUCCCAUCAUCAGCAGUCCCCCAAAGCCUCCUGCUCUGGCAACCCGGGUAGAGGCCAGUACCUCCAGGGUGCUACAGCUACCUGAGGUACCUCGAAAGCCUGUGAAUACUCUAGUUAAGACUGCACCCAGGACCACGUCUCUGGUGCAGCCACCAUCAUCAUCUCUACUGCCGAAUUCCAAGAGCUCUCGGGAGGUCCCUGCAUCCAAAGCUGUCAAGACUCCAGUGGUCAAGAAGCCAGAGCCACCUGUUAAACCCUCCCUGGCUGCCACUGCUCGAAAGCGGAGUCUUGGGGUCUCUGAUGAGGAAGAAACUGAGGAAGAGGCUGAGAGGAAGAAGGAGAAGUAUAAGCGGGGAAAAUUUUCUGUGAAGGAGGAGAAGAAGGAAUCCAUUGAGCUCUCAGACAGUGCUGGGGAAGAAGAGCCAACUGACCUCAAAAAGGCUCAGAAAGAUAAAGGGCUUCAUGUGGAAGUACGUGUGAAUAGGGAGUGGUACACAGGCCGUGUCACAGCUGUGGAGGUGGGCAAGAAUGUGGUACGGUGGAAGGUGAAGUUUGACUAUGUGCCCACAGAUACAACUCCAAGAGACCGCUGGGUGGAGAAAGGCAGUGAAGAUGUACGGCUGAUGAAACCACCUUCUCCAGAGUAUCAGCCCCCUGACACGCAGCAAGAGGGUGGGGAGGAAGAAGAGGCUAUAGUGGUUCAGGAAGCUAUAGCCAUGGCAGAGCCCUCUACCUCUGACUGUAUCCGCAUCGAACCUGACACUACUGCUCCAAAUACCAACCAUGAAACGAUUGAUCUUCUGGUCCAGAUUCUCCGGAAUUGCUUACGGUAUUUUCUGCCUCCAAGUUUCCCCAUCUCAAAGAAGGAGCUGAGUGUUAUGAAUUCAGAUGAGCUAAUAUCUUUUCCUCUGAAAGAGUACUUCAAGCAAUAUGAAGUGGGGCUUCAAAAUUUGUGCCAUUCCUACCAGAGUCGUGCUGACUCACGGGCCAAGGCAUCUGAGGAAAGUCUACGCACCUCUGAGAGGAAACUCCGUGAGACAGAGGAGAAACUUCAGAAGCUGAGGACGAACAUCGUAGCACUCCUGCAAAAGGACAUAGACAUCAACACAGAUGAUGAGCUGGAUGCCUACAUCGAGGACCUCAUCACCAAGGGGGACUGAGGGGCCGAGAGCCAGAAUCACCUCCCCUGCCUCUCAACCCAGCAGCUUCAGGGAGGGAGAUUUCAUUUAUGGGUUGAUGGACUUAACUUUUGAUUUGAUUCAUGUGAGACAUUUAUGCUUUUGGAAGGACAGAUAUCUUGAUUCUUUGAAUUUUUCACCCUAAAUUUAUAAAUAUUUAUUUUUUGAAAGAAACAGGCUGUGCUUGCUGUGAGACCAUGUUUUUUUUUUUUUAAUGACUUUCGGGUAAAGGACAGAAAUGUUAUGCUUUGGCCAUAUGAGGUUGCCACUUCAACUUCUGGGUACUCAAAAUGAUGGUGAGACCAGCAUCACCCUAAAUUUGGAGAUUCCAGGGAUAUUAAUGGUUUCUCUUAUAGAGGAUAAACAGUGAAGAGGUUGAGGGAUGGGGGUGGGAGAGAGCCUUCCAGAGUGGUAUGGCCAGUAGGGAUUCAGAUCCGGGGGACCAGGUAGGAUUGGUCAGCAGGUUUAUCAUCGUAGAUACUUUCCUUCUUGUAGCUCUGCUGUAUCACAUCAGGACCGUGAAGGUCUGUAGUUAGCCCCAACUAGUUUUGUAGAGUCAUUCUGGCUGUGGCAUCACUUAGAUGGUGUGGGGAAGAAAGAUCUUGCUAGCUAGUUUUUCCAUUCCCCUGAAAUUCUCUCUGAAGGACUAAUUUUCUCAGUUAACUACCUGCCUCAGUUUGAGUCCAGGUUGAGUAGACAGCUCCCACUUGGUAGAUUCCUGACCUGGGUAGCUCUUUGAGUGUUUAAUUCCAAAGGAUUCCUCAGGGAAAGAGCAGGUGUAUGAAAGAGCUCUGGUGCUGAGCUGGCACAAUUUCCCAUCUGCAGCUACCUCAGAUGGUACAGGUCCCUGGAGAACCUGCUACUAUUUUUCUACUUCCCUUUGCCUAGCUCCACCUAGAUGUGGCACAGCCCCUAGUCUUCAGCAGUUAGACCUGUACAUUUUUAGGGUCUCCUCUGUGCAGGAAGCUUAUCUCACUUUCCCUCCCUAUCCAGACACAGCCUCAAAAGCCACGUCCUUCAGUAACUACUCAAGGUCAGGCAGGAGUUACUGAGGUUUUGGUAAUGACCAUUGGAAUAAUUCUGGUUCCAUUUCCUGCAGGGUUUUUUCCCCAUUCUUAUUUGUAUCCUCUGAAGGCAUAAGAACUGUGGCCUUGUACCACUGAUUCAAAUUUUCUUGGGUGUGUUUUCACCGUUAAUCUAAUCCAGGCUAGCAUUGGCUACAUUGCUGCCUAGUGAUGUCUGCAUAAGACUAAGAAGUGCUGAAGGACUGGGGACACACUGGAAUCCAGUCUUUUUCCAUUUGUACAUGUGGCUAGAAGCACCUAUGACUGGUAGAUUCUGGGCUUUCCCAAACCAUAUCUGCAGGAGAGGAUAAUGGGAAAUAAUACUCAGAAGUAGUCUUUUCUUCUCUGGAACAUUCUCCAAGAAACUUGGAAUUUCCUAAGCUGUUGAUCCUCCUUUAUCCUCUCCUCUGUUUGUCCUUGGUAAUGAAUGCAUUGUUCAUUUUUUUGUCCCCAAACCUGUUCUAACCUAAAAGAAAGAUAGUUCUGUACUUGAGUCACACUCAAGUUGUUUACUUACCUAUGUGAUCAAAAUGCAGUACAGUAAGUCCCCAACUUAAUGAAUGAAUAUUAAGUUGCAAACUUUCAUAGAUACAAACAGACCUCACAUUACAAACAUAUGUACAAGUAAAUGGAAGUAGCACAUGUGUUUGCCAGUUAGUGUCACACUUGUGCUGCCUACUGUAUAGUGUGAUAGUGUAUAGGAGUAUAUAGUGCUCAGUCAGAGCCCAGGAUGUCUGGAAGCAAGAGGAAAAGUGACAUGGAGGGGACGCUAGGAAGCACAAAGCAAUAACCAUGGAAACAAAAGUGAAAAUAUUUGAGAAAUUGGACUGAGGCAAAAAGAUGGUAGGUGUUACUUGUUCUUUUUUAUGUGUUUGUUUUUUUAUGCUUUAUGUUGUGUAUUUGUGUGAAAGGUGUAUAAAACUCCUUUUGUGGGACUUAGGAACGACUGACUUAAUGAAUGUUCUCCAGGAAUGGAGCUGGUUUUGUUAAGUUGGAAACUUACUGUGCUAUAAACUUCUCCUGGUGAGACUUCUGCACUCAGUCUGUGUUCUCGGUGAAACCCAGCACCUUGAUGCUCUUUUGUUUCUUUAUUUUUUUGUCCUAUGGCUUUAACCAGUCUUCAAUGCCUUCUUUACCUUCUUUAUUAUUUGAGCUUCCCCCUGUUUAACAUCCACAGAAAUAGACUAGAUUUCUUAAAUGUUACAGAUGUAACUUCUGGGUGUGCUUAAUCCAACCUCAGCUUUGCUGAAUAGCCUGUUUUCCAAUCAAAGACCUUGCUGUUCUGAGUGGGUUACAAAAUGUAAAUCUCUUCCUCUUCUUUUGGGAACAUCACAGGACAGUUGAUUGACAUGGACCUGUCUGGCUACAUGAGAGAAGAAAGAAAGCCUGGCUUAUCUGUGGCAGGAAGGUCCUUGGCACAAGGAUGUGUGAAAGUGAGGAUAGCCAGACAUCUCUCCUACUUAAGGAAUGAGGGCUUUGGUUGGCCGGUUUGGUUGUU